AUGAGUGCGCUUUUGGAAACAUCGCUGGGCGACAUCGUGAUCGACCUGUUGGUCGACGAGUCGCCCAAGGCGUGUGAGAACUUCUUGAAGUUGUGCAAGCUCAAGUACUACAAUUUCUCGCCAGUCCACAGCGUCCAGAAGAACUUUACCUUCCAAACUGGCGACCCGCUUGGUCCUGAUGCCCCCGAGAGCGAUGGAGGGUCUUCGAUAUGGGGUCUGCUGGACGGACCGUCGAAGCGCACUUUUCCGAUCGAGGUACCGCGCAAACUGAAGCACACCGAGCGGGGCACAGUGAGCAUGGCGACAGUUCCCGCGACCAAUGACCCCGAACAGCGACUGGCAGCAAGUCAAUUUAUCGUCACACUGGGAGAUAAUCUGGAUUACUUGGAUGGGAAGGCAGCGAUCUUCGGCAAGGUCGUCGAGGGCUUCGAUGUCCUGGAGAAGAUCAAUGACUCUUUUAUCGACGACCGAGGUCGACCGCUGAAGGAUAUUCGCAUUCGUCACACCACCAUCUUAGACGAUCCCUUUGACGACCCGCCGAAGUUAGUAGAGCCGCCCGAGAGCCCAGUGCCCUCCAAAGCGCAACUGGCCACUGUUCGAAUCGCGGAUGAUGAGGAACUGGAUGAUGAUAUGGAUGAAGAUGCGAUGGAGAAGCUGCGCCGUGAGCGCGAGGCUCGCGCGCAGGCAUUGACCCUGGAGAUGGUGGGAGAUCUGCCUUUUGCCGAUGUUAAGCCGCCCGAGAACAUUCUCUUCGUCUGCAAGCUCAAUCCAGUCACACAAGAUGAGGACCUGAACCUAAUUUUCAGCCGCUUCGGAACGAUUUUGUCUUGCGAGGUUAUUCGGGAUAAGCGCACCGGCGACAGUCUACAAUAUGCCUUCAUUGAAUUUGAGGACCAGAAGGACUGUGAACAGGCCUAUUUCAAAAUGCAGGGUGUCCUGAUUGAUGACCACCGGAUCCACGUUGAUUUCUCACAGAGUGUGUCCAAGCUGUCCGAGAGCUGGCGCAACGCCACCGUCACCAAGCGCCGACAGAGAGGCGGAUUCGGUGGCGUGGCCGAUCUUGAGGCGAAACGCCAAUACCGAGAGUUCGACGACACCCCUCGAGAUGAGGAUGAUGCGCGAUACAGGAUGGUCUUUGACAAGCGUAAUAAGGCCAAUCCGCCUGAUACUCCCCGGGAUACCAACCCUCGCGAUUCCCGUCGAGACCAGCGAGGUAGUCGCAGCCCUCGUGGACGCGAUCGAGAUCAGGAUCGAUACCGUCGUCGGUCCUACAGUCGCAGUCCAUGGAGGGACAGAGACAGAGACUCGCGAAAGAACCGAGACCGGGAACGAGGUCGUUACGAUGAUCGCUAUCGCCGACGACGAGACUAG